AAUAAUUUGUGUUGGCCAUCAUUAAGUUUACAUCUUCGUACUUUCUCACCAAAUAGCCUCUCUUUUUAUAAUCACGUUCUCGCGAGAAGACAAAAUGGGCAGAUACGCCAGGGAACCCGACAAUGCCGCCAAAUCGUGCAAGGCCCGUGGCUCAAACCUCAGGGUGCACUUUAAAAACACCUGUGAAACUGCCAAUGCCAUCAGGAAGAUGCCUUUGAAGCGCGCCGUCGCUUACUUGAAGAACGUUAUUGGCAUGAAAGAGUGCGUGCCAUUCAGGCGUUUCAACGGUGGUGUAGGCCGUUGUGCACAAGCCAAACAGUUUGGCACCACACAAGGACGUUGGCCAAAGAAAUCAGCCGAAUUCCUUCUCCAACUCCUGAGGAAUGCUGAAAGUAACGCCGACUACAGUGGACUUGAUGUUGACAGGCUUGUUGUAGAACAUAUUCAGGUGAACAGAGCGGCUUGUUUGAGGCGUAGAACAUACCGUGCUCACGGUAGAAUUAACCCAUACAUGUCCUCGCCCUGUCACAUCGAAUUGUGGCUGACAGAGGGAGAAUCCUCACCAGAAUCCCCAAAGAAAGGCGGUAAGAAAAGUUCAGGAGACAAGUCGAAGAAAGUGAAAGCUACCACAGCAGCUGCCGCUCACUAAGCUUGUUUUUUUAUAAUCUACGGACUAAAAAUAUAAAUUAAAAGUUA